UACUUGUAGAAAAAGUUUACAUCCCUUUCUGGCAUGUUGCAAUCUCUAUGUCUCUACCUAUAAGAAGAAAGAGAAUUUUCAUGGUUUCCAUAAUUUCAUAGUUUCUGCUCACACUUCCCAUCUCUUUGAAUCUUGUUCUCUUUGCCAUUUAUACAAGUUCAUCGAGGCGGUUCGAGUUGGAGUUUUGCCAGGGGCCUUGUUCUUAAACUCCCUUUAUAUAAUCAUCCUGGCAGGCAUGGGCAUUAAGGAGGAUGUGGAGAGUGAUGUGCAGGAGGGAGUAAGAGUGCCACUCAUGGCGGAAGGAGACGAAGCAGCUGGUGGAAGCGGCGGAGGGAAUCUAUGGAUGGUUUAUCUCAGCACAUUUGUUGCAGUUUGUGGCUCUUAUGAAUUCGGAUGCUGUGUCGGUUAUUCUUCGCCUACUCAGUCUGCAAUCCGGGAAGAUCUCAGUUUAUCAUUAUCAGAGUAUUCAGUGUUUGGCUCCAUUUUGACAUUUGGUGCAAUGAUAGGAGCUAUCACUAUUGGGCCAAUCACCGAUUUUCUUGGCCGAAAAGGGGCCUUGAGAGUGUCUUGUGGUUUCUGUGUUGCAGGUUGGCUUGCUAUUUACUUCUCCAAGGGCGCUUGGUUGUUGGACAUUGGGAGACUGCUAACAGGGUAUGGAAUGGGAGCCUUUUCUUACGUGGUACCUAUUUUCGUAGCUGAAAUUGCACCCAAAAACCUUCGAGGAAGAUUGACUGCUGCAAAUCAGUUAAUGAUCGUAACUGGAGUGUCUGUUUCCUUCAUAAUCGGGGUAGUAGUAAGUUGGCGGACAUUAGCAUUAAUUGGACUUAUUCCCUGCGCUGUGACAAUUUUUGGUCUCUUUUUCAUUCCCGAGUCUCCAAGAUGGUUGGCAAAGACAGGACGCCAGAGAGAUUUUGAAGCCGCACUGCAGAAACUGCGUGGAAAAGAUGCUGACAUAUCUCAUGAAGCAGCAGAAAUCCACGAUUAUAUUGUAACCCUCGACUCGCUCCCUAAAGCCAAAUUGCUGGAUUUGUUUCAAAGGAGAUACUGGCGCUCACUCAUUAUUGGAAUUGGGCUGAUGGUCUGUCAACAACUGGGUGGAAUCAACGGAGUCUGUUUCUAUGUCAGCGAUAUUUUUGAACAAGCAGGAUUUUCCUCCAGCAUUGGAACUAUAAUCUAUGCUAUUCUUCAGGUUAUAGUUACCGGCAUUGCUGCAGGCGUGAUGGAUAAAGCCGGACGAAAGCCUCUAAUUUUGGUCUCUGCAUCCGGGUUGGUGCUUGGCUCUCUCCUGACAGCGGUUUCAUUCUUUCUGAAGGUUCAUGAAGUAGCACUCGACGCAGUUCCCAUACUUGCUGUAACCGGCAUACUGGUCUACAUAGGAGCCUUUUCGAUAGGAAUGGGAGCAGUUCCUUGGGUUGUGAUGUCUGAGAUAUUCCCGAUAAAUAUUAAAGGGCAGGCUGGAAGCUUAGCAACGCUAGUGAAUUGGUUUGGCGCAUGGUUGUGUUCCUACACGUUCAACUAUCUUAUGAGUUGGAGCUCCUACGGUACUUUCAUUCUAUACGCUGGAAUCAACAGUCUGGCUAUUUUGUUCGUGGUGUCGUUGGUGCCUGAAACAAAGGGGAAAACACUGGAACAGAUCCAAGGAGCCAUGAACAAAUAGAACCGAAGGAAGAAAUGAAGAGCAUUCUUUUUAGAAGUUAAAUCCUCAUCGAAAAUUUGGGCAGCUCAGUUCAGAAAGAUGGAAAAUCUUUGAAGAUGCCUCAAUUUAAAACCACAAAGUUGUUGUAUACUGCUAUUUUGACGAUGAUUAAUUGAGUUGAUUUAUGCUAUGAAUAAAUAGAAAAAAAUAAUAAUUAUAUGAACCUAUCGAGAGCA